AUGCUGUCCGUCCUGGUCCCGCCGGCCGCGGGCGGCUUCCCCUCGGCCCUGCCGCUGCGCCAGGACUCCUCGGGCUCCUCCGGCUCUUACCACACCGCGCCGGGCUCGCCCGAGCCCCAGGGACCGCGCCCCGUCCUGGACGGGGCGGACGACGACGGGGGCGGCGGAGUUCCUGGGCGGGGGCAGCCGGCCAAGUCCGCGGGCCAGAACGCCAGGGUCCCCGGCCGGGGGGCGGGUCCAGCCGCGAGCGGGGGCUCGCAGCUUCGCCUGUCCAUCAGCGCCCAGAAUAGCCGCCAGGAGCCUGGAUCCGGUUUCCCCAGGAGGCCGGGACAGCGGCCGAGCCCUUUCCAGCUCCGCACCCUGCCGUCGGGGGAGAUGGAGGUGAUCUUCACAACCGGGCCCCUACGCGGGACUCCCGUUCGGUCCCCCAGCGACUCGGACGAGGCGGACAGCGAGGUGCAGCAGCUCACCGCGCUCAGCCCGCACGAUCGGUGCCGCCCUCAAGGCCCUUACCUCGACGUGCACAGCCCCAGCGCGCAGGGCUCCUCCAGCCCGUCCCCGGCAGUCUCUGACAGCAGCAACCAAGCGGACCGCUGGGCCACCUACCUGGACCUGCGUCAGGAGGCUGGGUCUUCGGCCUCGAGGCCGCCAGAACCCCCGGCCACGUCCGGGCGAACGCAGUUCGAGUGCGUGGAGGUGGCACUUGAAGACCGGGCAUCCCAGACCAAGCAGCGAACCGUCCCCAAGAGGCAGAUCGAGCUGAGGCUGAAGCCUAGCCCUCCGCAGUCGGAUUCAGCCAGGGCGAACGGGGGACCCAGGCGCAAGCUGCUCCUGCGAACGGGCUCCCUGGACGAGUCUCUGACCCGCCUGCAGGCCGCCUCCAACCUCGUGCAGACGGCGCUGGCCAGGAAGCUGCAGACCGAGCGGACCCUGAGCCCAGAGCGGUCGAGCCCAGGGGGCGGAGCUCAGCCCCCCCGAACCCCGCCAGGGCCGCAGCUCCGCUCCCACUGCGAUCCCUGGAAGCCUUGGCCUGAGGCCCGGGAGAGAGAGGCCCCAGCUAGACGUGCUGCACAAAGCCCUCGAAGAGACUCAGAGGAACCCAAGCCCAGAGGGAAGCCCCAGGCCGGGCUUCCCCCCAGAGAGCCGGCGAAGGAGGCACCCCUGCCCGCCGUCAAGCCUGCGGGACUGCGAGGUGCAGACGGGGCAGUCUCCAUCAGAGUCCAGAGGCCCUGGCCCAGUCUGCGAGAGCGAGCUAUUCGUCGGGACAAACCAGCCCCCGGAACGGAACCGCUAGGUCCUGUGAGCUCCAGCAUCUUCUUGCUGUCGGGGGAGAAGUCCCAGGAAGCUCCUGAGUCUCGGCCCCUCAAAGAACGGGGCCAGCAGCCGAAAUCUCUGUCUCCGAGGAGGACGCCAGAGGAUCGGGUGAGCCGGGAGACUUGGGAUCCCACUGUUGAGGCGUCGCCGAUUCCGUCUAUGCAGGAGGCUCCGUCUACGCGGUCAGCUCGGGAUCUGACUGUGCAGGAACCUCAGAUCUCACCUCCAGCCCCAGAUACUUGCGAGCCCAGGGACGCCCCCGCUCCCUCCGGCAGAUCCCGAGUGACAAUUCCGCGGCCCCGGGACGUCCGGAAACUAGUGAAGAACACCUACUCGCUGACCUUCGCAGCCGCCGCCAGCUCCCGCCCGGGGCUGCCCAAGGGCCCCAGCGAGGAGGGCGAGGCCCCGCCCGGAGCCCCGGAGCCCCCUGCCCCUGUUCACUACACUUCUACCUUCCAGAAGAACUUCCUGCCCGUAGUGCCCCACCCCUACGAGGUCCCGGAGCCGCCGGCCCCUGGGGACCCUGCUGUCCCGAGCCCCAACGGGGCGCCUCAGGGCCCCCAGCCGAAGGGCUGCGAAGAGGGAGACCCCACCCCGCGGAGGAAAGCGGAGAACAACACGGCCAAGCCCUUUGCUCGCAGCGAGAUCCGCCUCCCGGGAGCCUUGGCUUUGUCCAGGAAGCCAGGGGUCAGGGCCCAGCCUGAGUCCAGCGCAGAGAUCAGCCGGGUUUCCCCGGGGUACAGUCCUCAGGCCCAGCGCCUCCUUCCUGAAGGAGAGGUCCAGGCCAAUUCCCCAGGGGUUACCCUGGGGCCUCCCCCCAUUCCCAAAGAACCAAGAGAGAGGCCAGAGGUGGAGACCCACUGUCCACCUCAAUGGCCAGGGGCUGGGCAGACACCUAGCACAUUGACAGGCCCUCCACCUCCAAACCUCAAGGGCUCUCUCAACCUGGGGUCCCCACACUCCGACCAGGCCAGUUCCCUGGCCCUACAGGCCCAGAGCCCAGAGCCCAGAGCCAAACCCCAACCAGGCCUUGCUGGGACUCAUCUCUCAGGGAACCAGAUUACAGCCAAACCUGCUUCCCUGUCCCAGCCCAGGGCAGCUUCAGCACCUCCUAUGGCCCAGGUCCUUGACAGCUCUUCCCGAGGCCAGGGUAGGGGACUUCGGAACUCUGGAACCACCCCAUCAGGGAAGGUUCUGGUAGAUCCAGAGAGCGGUCGCUACUAUUAUGUGGAGGCACCCAAAUCUCCUAGGGUAAAGUUGCUCUUUGACCCAGAGAGUGGGCAGUACCUAGAAGUUCUUGUUCCCCCCUCCCCAGCAGGGGCACCCCUCCAGUUCUGCCCUUCCUUGGCACUAGGGCACAGCCUCUAUCCUUCUCCCUAUGGGUCCUAUCAUGGGCUCUCACUACCUCCCUCUCCUGGACCCUUGCCUCUUGGUCCUCCUGACCUACUGGCCCCAAGAACCAAACUCCCCUGGGCUCCUGAGGGUGGCAUUAUGGAUGGGCUCUAUUAUCUGCCCACAGGCAGUUCCCCUAGCCCAUUACCCAGUAUUCCUCUACUUCUCUAUUCUGGGCCUCCCAAUUCUGGGCCUUCUACCACUUCCUAAGGCUCACCAUUUUGAGUGUGAAGACCCCCCCCAGGCCCUGCCCACACCCCAUUUCCUCCAUAGGCUCUUCUAAAAGGGGCUAUUAUUCCAGCAGAGCCUUUGAACCCAACCUAGCCCUAAACCACCCCCCUCAGUUCCUUUAGUCUGGCACCUUUCUGGCACACAUCCUACCCCCAGUGACUUGCUUUGCUUUGCUUUUUUUUGAUUCCAUUUUCCCACAUCUACAUCCAUAUCCACCACCACUACUUCUCCCCACCACACCCCUUUGCCCCAAGCUACUCAGACCCUAAAUCCCAUACUGUUGUGGUUCUGCCUCCAACCCCACUCCUCAGGGUACUGCUGAAGAUGGAAGGGGGAACUCAGAGAGGAUUUGUCAUCCCUUCUUCCCAAUCUAUUCGGUUUGUUCCUGUGCCCUGGGGAAGUGGAGAUGUUGAUGACAGUUAUAUGAUUGUGUGUCUGACAUAUGCCCUGUCACCAGUGAAGCCCAAGAAAGUGGGUGGGGGAAGGUAUGAGCCAGCAAGAGGUGUGAAUGAGGUUUGGGAGUUAUGCUGACCCCUGAACUCAAGAUAUAGGUCCCUCCUUGGAGUCAGAAAGAAAAGAAGCUAUUGCGGGGAGCAUUUGGGGCAAAAUUUGUGCCAAUUUUGAAGAGGUCUAGGAAAGAGAUGGGAGACAUUAAGUUGGAUCUGGCUGUCUUCCAGGAGACUGUGUGGAGUGCUGGUUAGUGCUAGAGAGCUCUGAAUCUUGUUUCAAGACAGGGAUGGAUGUUAAGAAGAGAGGCUGAGUAUGGGUCUAAUAUAGCCCCUCCAUGGCAGGGGGCUGAGUAGAGAUUCAGCAAAUCAAUCAGGCAACAAGCGUUUAUUAAGCACCUACUAUGUCACUGGUACCAAGAAUGAAAUAAUCCCUAUAAAUUAAGAGAGGGGGACUGGGGAUCGGGAGGGAUCAUUCAGGGAGUCCAUGGUGACCAGCUUGAAGCUGGGAGGUUACAGCCAAGAUAACAGCAGCUGACUCCUCCAAUAUGACUCUCCUCUACCCAUGAAAAAACAACACAACACCCUAGCUUAGAUUCUUUUCUCCUUUAGAAAUGAUUGAACUGGGGCAGCUAGGUGGUGUGGUGAGAAGAGCAUUGGUCCUGGAGUCAGGAGGAUCUGAGUUCAAAUCCAGACACUUGACACACUUACUAGCUGUGUGACCUUGGGCAAGUCACUUAAGCCCAAUUGUCCUGCCUUUCCCCCUCCAAAAAAAAAGAAAUGACUGAACUUUUAGGAGUUUUUCAUUUUUCAGUUAGGAGGGAAUUUCAGUGAUCAUUUAGUCCGGUGCUCUCCUCUUCAUGUGAGGAAACUGAGUUCCUCAUAUGGACAAGUCACUUACCUAGAGUCCUUAAGCAAGUCCAGAGCCAGGGCUAGAAUUCCAGGAUCUUGCCUUUUCAGCCAUAAAAGUUAUGAGACAGAAGUGAAUGAGCAUCACUUCGCAAAGGUCUCCCAAGGCUGGACCAGUGAAGUGUUGCAAGGGGGUGGGAUGCAUGUGAUGACCUGUUCUCCGGGUCUCUUUCAGAGGGUCUCCAGUGCUGUGCCAGGGACCUGUAGAGGCCAGUUGUUUCUCCAGGUUGAACUGGGAGUGGUGAUUGGGAACUGGGAUGAGGGGCCAGGUCGUUGGGCAUUUUAAAAAGUAUCUCCUCUCGACUCCAGAUCUGUGCCCUCCAAUGAGGAGAGUAACCCCAAGUGAACCCAAGGAACAUUGAAGAGGGAGGUGGAAGUGGGGUCUGGAGUAUAGAUGUGAACAAAGCUCCUGGACUGGCCAUGUGAUGGGCCAUGGGAAUAGGGGAGUGUAGUUUGUGUGUGUGUGUGUGCGCGCACGUGCGUGUGUUUUGGGGGUGUUGAUGCAGCAUCUGUGGGUUGUUGAUUAAAAUGCUCGUACGCCUACUGCUUUUCCUGGUAAGACGUGUCUUUAGAGAGAGGGGAAUCCCCUCCCCUGAAACAGCUGGCUGCUGCCUUCUUUUGUUGCAAAAUUAAGGGUGAAGGAGGCCUGAUAUUUUCCCCCAGACUCCCAGGCCCCUACCCAGGGAGAGAAGCCCCUUGGGGAGAGUUGUUAGGAGAGGAUGACCCAAAUUAGCCACCAGGGGUUCCUAGAUCAGGCAAUUUUUGCAUUUGUUUCAUGUGUAUAAAAUAAAGUGUCCACCAAAGGAACUGUGGUCAGUAAACCAAAA